AUGUCUUUCGUGGAACCUAAAAGAGGCCCUGUUAAACAAAUCCAUUCUGUCGGUCAUUCACUAUAUGUUGGGUGUGAAUGUUUUUGUUGGCAUAAUAAACGCACUGAUGAUGACGAGUUCUUACCUUUGACUCUACCUCAACCUUUUUCUUUGCCUUCUCCAAUCCCAGAUUGGCCUUCAGGUGGAGGAUUUGCUGCUGGAAAAAUAAACCUGGGAGAAUUAGAAGUGGUUGAAAUCACCGAGUUUGAGAGUGUUUGGAGCUGCGAUUUGUUGCGUGGUAAUGCUAAAGCUGUCACAUUUUAUAAACCUGUGGGGAUUCCGGAUGGAUUUUUCCGUCUCGGUUAUUACUGUCAACCAAAUGACCAGCCCCUUAGAGGGUAUGUUCUUGCGGCUCGGGAAAGGGUAGCUUCGACUCCGGAAGUCUUCGGUGACCAUGACUCGGAUUCAGGCUUUCCCGCACUGAGGAAACCUGUCAACUACUCGUUGAUUUGGAGUUCGGAUUCACUUCGCAAUGGUUGUGGUUUCUUCUGGCAGCCAAAUGCGCCGGUCGGUUACAAAGCGAUGGGAAUUUUGGUUACCAACUUUCCGGAUGAGCCUAACGUUGAUGAAAUUAGAUGUGUGCGAGAGGACCUUACUGAGGCUUGUGAAAUUAAGGAUGCCAUACUUUCCGCUGGUGCAGAUCCAUUUCAGGUUUGGAACACAAGACCGUGCAGAAGGGGAAUGUUUUGCAAAGGUGUUUCGGCUGGGACGUUCUUCUGCAGUACGUACUUUUUUUCAGAAGAUGAUGAAUUGGAGAUUGCAUGCUUGAAGAAUCUGGAUCCGACACUACAUGCGAUGCCGGAUUUAAGCCAGAUUCAUGCUCUCAUCAAGCACUACGGUGCAAGAGUUUUCUUUCAUCCUGAUGAAGACUAUCUGCCCUCAUCGGUACAAUGGUUUUUCAAAAAUGGUGCACUUCUAUGUGAAGAUGGCAAACUUAAAGGUGAACCGAUUGAUUAUUGGGGCUCGAAUUUACCUUGUGGAGGGACAAAUGACGGUGCAUUUUGGAUAGAUUUGCCAGUAGAAGAUGAUGCAAGAAAUAAUGUUAAGAAAGGAAACUUGGAGAGUGCAGAGCUAUAUGUUCAUGUAAAGCCAGCAUUGGGUGGAACAUUUACGGAUAUUGUGAUGUGGAUAUUUUGUCCCUUCAACGGACCGGCCAACCUUAAGAUCGGGUUAAUGAACAUACAGAUGAACAAACUCGGGCAACAUGUCAGCGACUGGGAACACUUCACUCUCCGGAUAAGCAACUUCACUGGAGAACUGUGGCAGGCUUACUUCUCACAGCAUAGUGGUGGUGAGUGGGUUGAUGCUUUCGACUUGGAAUAUAUUGAAGGUAAUAAGCCGAUUGUUUACUCGUCCAAACACGGACAUGCUAGUUUUCCACAUCCAGGUAUGUACCUCCAAGGGUCAGUUAAACUCGGGAUAGGGAUUAGGAACGAUGCUGCCCGAAGCCAGUAUUUUGUGGACUCAAGCACCAGGUACCAGAUUAUUGCAGCCGAGUAUCUUGGAGACGGAGUAGUUACAGAACCAUGUUGGUUGAAUUACAUGAGAGAAUGGGGUCCAACUAUAGUAUAUGACUCACGUUCGGAACUGGAUAGGAUAAUUCAUUUGCUCCCGUUUUUUGUUCGAUUUUCAGUGGAGAACAUCUUUGACCUGUUUCCGACAGAGCUUUACGGCGAGGAGGGGCCUACAGGACCGAAGGAAAAGGAUAAUUGGGAGAAGAUGAAAGAUGUUAGUCCUACUAAGCAUGGAUAUGUUCCCUUUUUUUUGAGUAUAUCGUCAUACUAAGCAUAGAUGUGGUAUGUUCAAGAACCUCUAAUGUACUUAAGCACAUUUCUUUCGUGUGUCAAGUUGUUGGAAAUAGUGAUCGGAUUUCGUCAUCUAGAACAAAAGGAUAGCAUUGCCGCUCCUCGCUGGUUUAGUUUCGAAACAGCAACACUCACAUUCAUGUUGCAGAGGUACCAUGCUUCUGUUCAGCACUCUCUUUUUAUAUAUACAAACUUUUCAAGGCAAGCAGAAAGUAGCUUCGGAUGCAACCAGAACUCCAGUUCUCGACCGGUACAUUGAUAAAAGUAUAAAACCUCUGCAGUUGCCAUUCACUGUGAUUGAUUCUUAAAUAUUGUGGUCAUGCUCAUAGCUGCUAUAGUAGUGCUUGUUAAGGGACUUACAGAUUUCCCAUGAAAUCU